GACAAGUUAGUUGUCAACAGUUGGUUGCGGUUGUAGUUCUAGUAUUACCUUGUCAGCGAUAUGUGUAGUUUCAAUGCAGAUAUUGAUUUUAUGGGUUGGUUCCUUGGCGACGCGCCUCGACGGCCGCGUGGUGUAUUUGGUGACGGUGGUCGACGACAAACCAGCAGACAGACAGUGCAUGGGAGGAAACGAUUGCAAGAACAAUAUGACGUCAGAAGAGUUAAGGGGUUCAGUUUGGACGAGAUCGAUGAGUUUCGUCAAGUCUUUGAGUUCUACGACACGGGGAAUUCGAAGACGAUGAAUUUAAGCGAAUUGGAGAUGGCGUUGCGAGCGCUCGGCUACAAUCCCGCUGAUGACGAAAUAGAAGAGGUGACGUCAUUAAUGGAAGUCGAUGGUGACGUCACAAUCGACUUUAGCGAGUUUUGUAUGAUAAUUGAACAUAUGAAGGAAUUAAAGGGGGAGGAUGGUGACUUGAGGGACGCCUUUGCUAUCAUUGACCGCGAUUACGACGGAAAAGUCACGAAAGAUGAUUUAUUGCGACUCAUGAUGAAUCACGGGGAGGAUUUAUCAUUAAAAGAAGCUCACGAGAUGAUUAAAUUUGCCGAUUGUGACGACACAGGUGUCAUCGAUUACAGAAGGUUUGUGACGUCAUUACGCGACUCGAUUGACAAACACAAGUUUGAUGACGUAGAAGACAAAUCCAACCAAUCAGCGACGAGCUCGUUUGGGGAAACCAAUCAUAAGAAGGAACGUCAUGUCACGUGUGUUGAACCAACCAAUGAGAGAUUUCAAGCUAUUGAAAGUGUACAAAUUGAAACCGUGAACAGCAUAGCGAAGGCUCUUGGUGGGCCAAUCCUUGCAGCAGGUGCCAUGAUUAUUACAUCAUCAAUGAUGUCAUCAGAUAGAAAGAAAUUGAACAAAAAGAUUGUUCGUAGCAGGUGGCCGGAUGUAGCACGUGUUGUGGCGUUGAAAAAUGAAAUAAAAGAAGAACAAACAAAUGAAACGAUGAAUCUGUUGGAUGAUGUCAUAAAAGUGGCAUAAUACAUCAUUAUGACAUCACAACCUGAAGCUUGGUGGUACUAUGUGUAAACAAACAAUUAUGUGUAAACAAUUAUAAUUUCACUUCAAUAUUUCACAGUUUAAGUUAGAUAUGAUUACUGCAUUUACAUAACAAUACAUUUGAUUGUAUAAGCGUUA